ACAGGAAAGUUCCUGAAGACUCUGGAGCUCCUCCAGUUCGAAUAGAAAAGCCGGGACAGUCCCACUGCUGAGACAGAAAGCAACACAAGCAACACAGAAGAGGACAGACACUUUAACAGUGUUUCAUCUCACAGCAAGAGGACUCAACGCUAAACACACAGAGGAGAUGCUGUGCUCUCAUGGACUCCAGUCUGCCCUCAGUCCAUUCAUGGACUUCUACUGGCCUGUACGCAGUCUGUGGCCAGAGGUCAGACCUCUGCUCUACCAGCAGGAUCUGCUGCAGAGAAACCUACAGGAGCUCCGCAGCAGUCUGGAGCUGAUGGACAAACUUCAACACGAGAUCCUGGAGGAGACGGAGCCCUUCCAAACCAGCGUGGCCCUGCAGCCGGUCUCCUACCAGCUGCAGGAAGAGGGAGAGCACUUUGGCCUGACCCUGGACACUCAAGGCUUUUCCCCAGAGGAGCUGUCUGUCAGGCAGGUGGGCAGGAAGCUGAGAGUCAGCGGGAAGACAGAGCAGAAGCAGGAGGACGGGAAAGGCUCCUACUCUUACAGACGCCAGGAGUUCAGACAGGAGUUAGAUCUGCCGGAAGGCCUGAACCCUGAAGCCGUCACCUGCUACCUGGCUCCAGACGGGAAGCUCCGCAUCCAGGCGGCCAAAGCUCCAUGUGUGGAGGAGGCUGAGAGAGAGCUGACUAUCAAGAGGAGCUCGGAGGAGAAAACACAGCAGAGUGUGUGUUCACACACAGAAGGCAGCAGCACAGAGACAGACAGCAGCACACAGCACAAACCUGAAAACAUGGACUCAUCUACAUGUUGUUCGAACAAUGUAUAGUAAAUGUGUUUUAUACAAGUGUUAAAUGAUGAGCAUGUGCCAUCUCUCUCUCUCUCUCUCUCUCUCAAUUCUCAGUUCUGUGUCUCAAUUCAAUUCAAUGCAAUAGGCUAUAU